AUGCACCCUACCGCCGAAGCCGAGGAGAAGCUGCAGAUGGUAUCUGAAGAUGAACUGAUGACUGAGACCACCAGGAUAGAACCUGUUGGGAAUGCAGAAUCCAGUAAGGUCGAACAAGAUGCCAGCAAGAAGAGACAACUAGUUUAUGUCGUUUGGCUCUGCAGCGCUUUUGUAAUGCUGGCGAUCAUCAUUGCAGUUGGUGCAAUAUUUAAGAUAUGGGACAAUGGAAAAUUUCCUCCUCAUGAGUGCCCCAGUGAGUGGAUAGGUUACAAGAAUAAAUGUUAUUUCAUCUCAGAGGACCAAAGAAACUGGACAUCUAGUCAGACCUUCUGCUCUAAGAAUGAAUCCUUGCUAGUCAUUUUUGAAAACCAGCAAGAAAUGCUUUCUCUAGCUAAACGUUUGCAAAUAGAUGACUCCUGGAUUGGAUUGCACAAGAAAGGUGAAAGCUUCUACUGGGAGAACGGUAUUGCUUUGGAUAUGGACUU